AUGGCACCAAUCCUUACAUUAAGGCUCGAGCCUCCACACAAUGGGGAAUUUUACACACUGGAAGAUACUGUCUCAGGAGAGUUGCUUUUAGAGCUAGAUAAAUCAAUCGAGGUGCGAGAAAUUGUCGUCAACCUUGUGGGGAACUCUGAAGCUACUGUACGGCCCGGUGAACAUUACAAAAAUGGAACAAGGACUUCUCUUCAAAUGCCUCUAAAUGACGAAAGAUCGUUUCACAAAUUGGUGGACUCUGAAAUAUCUGUCUUCCCCCCGGAAAACGUGAGAUCUGCCAUCAAAGGAUCGAGCAGAGCGGCCUUUAAAUUGGAACAAGGGAGCUACAAUUUCGGGUUUACCUUCACAUUUCCAGAGGUGCCCCAGUGUUCGGCGACUCACGCGAAGAACCUACUGACGUACACAAAGAGUUUAUCGCAUGUCAGCCUGCCGCCCAGCUUCAACCACGAAUUGAGCAACCAAGAAAUAUUCGAUCUAGAUGUCUUCUUUUACUCCUUGGGAAAAGUAGAAUACUUUGUGGAAUCCACCUUGUAUUCAGGGAAUGAUGAGUCCUGGUUUAAAACGUCUAGAAACUAUUGCUCUCCUAAAACUACGAUUGAGCUGAUGCCCUCAAACCUUGCACAAGAAGAACUACAGGACAUACUUCAAAACGAAGGUAGUGCUCCCCUGGAAGUGUUCGAUUCAAAAUUCGAUGUUAUGUUCGAUAACUAUGAUAUGAAGUUAUGGGCUGAGGUCAGAUCAAAACAACUCCGAUCAGUCUAUAGGCUUGACUAUCUUUUCCUCCCGGGCUGUGAUAAAUUUGACCAGGUUUAUAUACUCAUGUCUUCGCCGCUCCCGAAAACGGCUGACUUGAGGGUCGUUGGGGUGGACUUAAACCUCGUAGAGUUUACCACCUACUUAGCUGGAGGAAGAUCAAAUGCAAACUACAAUACCUUACGGUUAGCCAGGUCGAAAUCCGAGUUGAAAGUUGAUCUUUCCCGAAGUAUCACAGAAACGGACGGUACCACAGAGUGUCAAAUCGAGCUCGGAACACUAAGUCCCCUGGAUCAGGUGAGAUUCAACGAAGAGGAUUACAAGUACAGAGGAAACAGACUUUACAGUCUUACCUCCUGCAACAUUCGGCGUGUCUUCAAAUUUCAACUUAUUUUACACAUGCUCCUCGAUGACAAGAACCAUUUCCAAUUCGAAAUCUUGACAGAUUUGGUGAACGUAUUCUGUGAGUCUGUAACAGUCGAAACCCAUCCUCCUGCAUAUGCCGAAGAUGAACAGUUACCAACGUACAAAGGAAAAUAA